AGUCUGCAGGUGUAGGGCGGAAGCAGAGUGCCCGAAUCUGGCCGUCAUGGCGCAGGGCGAGGAAGAUGUUAGAGAUUACAAUUUGACUGAGGAGCAGAAGGCGAUCAAGGCCAAGUAUCCUCCAGUCAAUCGGAAGUACGAGUAUUUGGAUCAUACAGCGGAUGUCCAGUUGCAUGCAUGGGGCGAUACCCUGGAGGAAGCCUUUGAGCAAUGUGCCAUGGCCAUGUUUGGUUACAUGACAGAUACGGGGACUGUGGAGCCCCUCCAAACCGUGGAAGUGGAAACUCAAGGAGAUGACUUGCAGUCUCUUCUCUUCCACUUUUUGGAUGAGUGGCUUUAUAAAUUUAGUGCUGAUGAAUUCUUCAUACCCCGGGAAGUGAAAGUACUUAAUAUUGAUCAAAGAAAUUUUAAAUUACGGUCAAUUGGGUGGGGAGAAGAAUUUUCAUUGUCCAAGCACCCUCAGGAAGCACAGUUGACUGGAGAGGAUGAGAAAGGGAUGAUGCCACAGGAGAAGAUAAGUAAUUAUCUCAGAGAUUAAGGGAGUGAAUUUAAUGGCAAAUGUAGGAUCACUGCUCAGUGCUGAAUGCCUGUUUGGAAUCUGUGGUUAUCUGUAUAAGGUGAUAGCGGUUAGCACCGUGUGUGCUGCCACAGGCAGAAAGUUGAUUUUGACAUAGGCUGUGGUGAUUGAUUAUCGCAGAGGGGAAGAGGCCUCGAACUCUUGGAAUUUCUUUUGUGCUGUAGCGCUAGCAAAUGUCUGAUGUGUUUUGUGGUGUAGCAUUAUUGAAGAAUCUUUUUAGAGCUCAUGAAACUUUAAGGGAACAUCUAAUCCAUGGUUCUAAACUGGGGCAGGGUGGGGGAGUGUCAUGUAUCAGAAGUACGUGGAGAGCUUUUGGCCUGAGAAAUGAUACCUUACUCUCCAGCUAGUCCUGGAAGAGCAGAAUCGCAAGACUACUGGCAGCUGAGAAGCAUCGACUAACUUCCUGGGGCCUCGGUCGCAAAAUUAGGAGGAGUUUUGGGCUUGAGAAGGAGUCCUGAGCCAAACACUGGCAAAGCUUGUGUUGUUUGAUUUGACCUUC